GAGUAUCUCCUCCUCCUGGAGCUGUGUUAGUCUUGCAUUCUCUUCCCCUUGAAUUCCCCCUGGCAAUGGCAUUCACAGAACAGCUAUUAACUUGGAAGUUGGAAGAUGGGGAUGGAAAAUCAGAAGAUGAACUGGAUACUAUUCCUGCUUCAAUUCUCUUGCAAGUAGUGGAAUUUUUAGGGAACUUUCUCUGGACAACUGACAUGGCAGCAUGUGUGAAGGAAUUAAUAUUUCAUCUCUUGGCUGAGUUGCUUCGUAAAAUUCACAAUCUGGAGCAGAAAAAAAAUCCAGCAGGAUUGUCAUCUUCUAUUGCCCUUCAGUUAAAUCCCUGUCUAGCAAUGCUGAUGGCCCUGCAGUCAGAGCUUCACAAGUUGUACGAUGAAGAAACACAAAACUGGGUGUCUGGAAACGCGUGCAGUGGUUCUGGUGUUGGAGUGGCUGACCAAGGAAGAUUUUCAACGUACUUCCAUGCUCUGAUGGAAGUCUGCCUUGCUGUAGCAGAAGUAACCUUACCUAUCAAUAUGAGUGUAACAGCUAACGUGAUGUCUUCAACAAGUGCCCCAAAUCUUAGUGACUCUUCAUCCUCGUCUUCAUCUUCUCCAGGACAGACACCGCAGAGUCCAAGCUUGCUGUCAAAGAGGAAAAAAGUCAAAAUGAAGCGGGAAAAGACGUCGUCUUCAGGCAAACGUUCUUCAUCCAGAGCAGCUGAAACAGAUGCUGCAAUCCUCAGCAUAGGAGGAAGCAAACCUGAGGAUAUGUUAUGGUUUCAUAGAGCGCUGACUCUGCUUAUAAUUCUCAGACACCUGACUAGAAAGGAUCCACAGGGGCUGGGUGUGACAAACGAUGCUGUAGCAGAUGCGUGUCAGGCGCUAGUGGGUCCCACAGCUCAUAGCCGCUUGCUCGUCAUCUCUGGAAUACCGACGCACUUGGAGGAGAGUACUGUCAGGAGUGCCAUCAGGAAGGCCUGUAACGCGCAUGGUGGAGUCUUCAAAGAUGAAAUCUACAUCCCUUUGCAGGAAGAGGAACCAAAAAAAAUCAAGGACAAAGCAGAAGGUGGAGAAUGCAGAACUGAACUGGAAAAACCAACUGUUUCGAGUAGCGCGGACAGUUUGGAUAUCAGCAGCUCUAGCAGUGUCACACCCGCCAUGAGCGUGAGCGCUUCAGCCUCCACGAGCCAGGCUUCCCUCUGCAGCUCGCAGGGAAUCUCUCGAACCGUUAGUGAUAUCUCAGUUGACCAGUUUCAAGCAGGACUGGAACUGGCCAUCCCACCAGGAUUGCUAGAACCACAUGUUGUUUCCAGCCAGGAGAGUCUGGAUCUUUCACACUGCAGUACCGGAAGCCUUGGCAGCCUCGGCAGCCUCGGGGAACCGCUUGACAACGCCGAAACAGCGUCUGUGUCUGAUGUUGGAUCGAUGUACACAGUCACAUCUCUGGACAACCAGCCACUUCUGUCACGGCCCAUCAAAGGUUUUGCUGUAGUGGAGAUAAGGUCAAGAGCUAAAAUAGAGAAAAUCCGAGCCAGUCUAUUUAAUAGUAGUGACCUCAUUGGUUUGUCAAGUCUGGAUGGUGAAGAUGAACUGAUGGAAAUGUCAACUGAAGAGAUUUUAACUGUUUCUACUGUAAAUCAGAGUUUAUUUGAUACACAAGGGAGCCCAGCACUGGAAGAUUAUUUCAAUGAUAAGUCAGUGAAAG